CUAGGACUGUGAGUCAAGAGGCUUCGAAAGCAUCGUGCCGAAACUCUCUGGAAACUUUGGGAUUCAGGAUUCAGGCCGCUUUGGACUUUGUCACUCCGUCAUUUUCCCAGACAUUCCCAUUUCCCCAAACAGAAGGGUUUUUUUCCCGUGUGUUUGCAACACAGCAGAGUUUAAGGGGAGAAUCAUGCAGAUACUGUCAGCGCGUCGCUUCUUGGCUGUGUAUCUCACGCUGUUUGGAUACCUUGGGGACGUUUACACUGGGACAGUCCUGAUGAACUCCAACGCCAUCAAAAAUUUGCCCGGUGCUUCGGGUAGCAAAGGCUCCGACACUGUCAGUCCGAGUCCACGCACCUCUCCCUCCGGUAGCGUGGGACACAAAUUACCCGUAGACACCUUGCAGCAGUCAGGUGUUUGCACUGAUGAUGAAGACUGCGGAGGUGAUGAAUUCUGCAACGACGCCCGAGGCGCCUGCCUGCCCUGCCGUAAGAGCCGGAAGCGUUGCGCACGGGACUCCAUGUGUUGCGCAGGAAACCGUUGCAGCAAUGGUGUAUGCCAGGCAAAUGACAUAGAUGGCACAGAAGCAUACAUCAUCACUGGCUGGCACAAACACAACAACACCAUGGAGCAUCAAACCAAGAGGCCUCCCACUGCCCACAGCCAUCAGCCUAAUGCUGUGAAAGGCCAGGAGGGGGAUAUUUGCCUGAGAUCUGCAGACUGCUCUGAGGCUCUGUGCUGCGCCAGACACUUCUGGUCUCGCAUCUGUAAACCUGUUCUGACGGAGGGCCAGGUGUGUACGCGCCACCGCAGGAAAGGCACCCAUGGCUUGGAGUUGUUCCAGCGCUGCGACUGUGGCGACGGCAUGGCCUGCCGACCAGAGAAAGGAGAGAGAGACCACAGUGUCAGCAGGACUGCAGCCCGGAACCUACACACCUGUCAGAGACGCUGAUACAAACGCGUGGACACACACACACACACACGCACACAUGCACACGCACACACAGACAGUAAUACCCACACACCCAGCAAACCCACAAAUCAGUCACAGACACUGACAAACACUUUUCAUCCUUGCAUACACCUGAGAUGCUGACACACACACAGAGACACCCAACACCUAAGACAUUCUUUUCUGCCAAAGUUGCUGACACAAACAGCACCCGGAAGGAUAGACAUGAUUCCUGGAAAAGUGAUACACCCAGAGGGAUGCAACAGUGCAAGAUGGACUGAUCCAAUUUCUCAUUAACAGAUGAGGAGUCGAAAGUUAGGAAGUGACAUUUCAGAAGUCUUGGGAAGAUUGAUUCAUGUCAUCGGUAAUGGCAGAGCUGUUUUGUUUCUCUUUUGAUGGAACUUCAAGCCUCAAGUUAUUGCAGUAAAUUACUGUAUUGUAAAUAUUAUCCUGGAGGUGGCACUUAAUUGAGCUAUUGAAUUCUGUCAACACCAGUAUUAUAAAGACAUGGUGCUGCAUGCAUUGUAAAUGUGUUAUAUACAGUAUAUAUUGUUUUAUAAGAAAAUGUUAUAUAUAGAAAAUUUGAAUAUAUUUGUUUUAUUAAAUGUUAUGUGAUAACAUUACUCCUUUCUUCCUGCCCCUCAUUUUUGGGAAUAGUUGGUCUGAUCUACUGUGUUACAAAAAAAACAAAAGAAAUGUCUUUUACUUUGACUCAAGAUGUAUCAAAUAUAAAUUCUCCUGCAGCAGUUAGGAUCUAAACCAUUUAGUCCAAAUAUUCACUUAACCGUUGGUACGGGUGUUAACUAACAAGCACCCCCUUCUGGAAAGCAAGAGUUAUUUGAACAGUCAGUCAGUGGUGUUUAACUCGUAGUCCAGUCUUCACAAAUCAGUGGUUAAGGCUGAGUGGAUGGUUUAAAUGUUUGGCCCAGAUAUGCUUCUCAAACUCAUUACACACAAUUGCUGAAAUAUGUGCAGGCACACACACAACAAAUAUACAGUUUUAAUGAGUCAUUACUGGAGCCUCAACAGGCCACAUCCUGCUAUGGCGGCAGAGGAUGGUCCAUCAGGGCUAUGUCAGACGUCAUCAGACGAAUAUUAAAAACAGGAGAGGACGCUACCCUAUCAAAUGAUAACGGCAAAGAGGUAAUAACAAAGUAUGUGUGUCCUGGCGAGUGUUUGCCACCUAACCCUUUGGUGUUGCUGGCUAGUUUCUAAUUAUAACUUACUUCCCUGCCUUCAUGUGCAGCAGAGCAGAUAGCUAGCUAUCCAAACUAAGGCCUCUAAUUACUUCAUCUUACUCAAUCUACACAAGGAUUCAUGAAAUGAGGUGCACCGCAGCGCUUUUUGUGAUGCAACUUAAAAAAACAAGAAAAAGGAUCUUGGUUCUCAAUCUGUCCAGUUGCACAGCACACCCCAUUUCCUGGCUGUUGUGCAAUGGAUGUGCUCUAAUGUGUAGGUUUUGAAUCCACCCAAAUACACCUUGGUGCCUGUAAUUAGACCUGUUUAGAUUAGAAGAUAGCGAGGAAAUUACUGUAUUUUCUGCUUGAUUCUCGUGUCAGAUCAAAAGGAGCACAAGACACUCUUGAUAUCUGACCGAGCCAGAUAACCUCUUUAUCUGUUUACAUCCAUAGACAUUCAUUUGCAGUUUGUCUUAGGAAGACAAGGUGAGGUUUACUCUGACUGUCGUUGAGGAUCAGUGGUGAAAAGCAACUAAGGUUGUUUACUCAAGUGCUGUACUUAAGUAUUAUUCUGAGGUACUUGUACUUUACUUUAUUUCCAUUCUAUGCUAUUUUAUACUUUCACUACACUUCAGAGGCAAACAUUGUACUUUUUACUCCACAACAUUUAUUUUACAGCUGUUACCAGUUACUUUGUAGAUAAAGAUUUUUAAAAAGCUAUAAUGAGCCUAUGAAAUACAUUGCUUAACAGCACAUUGCACUACCCAGCAGCAUACAGUGUAUAUGUUAAAAUGAGCUGUUUACAUGUUAAUGCAUCAGUAACAAUAAAACAGUAGUAUAAUAUA